GGCUGCAGUCAGCUGACCGGGCAGAGCGAGGGCUAAAGCUAACGCUACGUCUGGCCGGUCGGUGCACCGGGACUUCCUCCGGUUUGUUCCCCGGGGUACCCCCCCCCCCCCCUCCCCCGAGAAGCGGAUCAUGGCGUUCAUCACAGCCAGCUGGAACCCGCUGGGAGACGCCUUUUACCGUAAGACGGAUCUGUAUGAGAUGAGCUGGAGUCUGCGUGAUGGACUCAGAGACAGUCUGGUGGCUGCAGCUCCAUAUGGCGGCCCCAUCGCCCUGCUCAGAGAACCUCAGCGGCGUUCUCCGAGUUCUCGUCCUCAGCUGGAGAUCUACUCUGCGUCAGGAGGCCCUGUCGCCAGCUUCCCCUGGAAAAGUGGUCCAGUGGUCCAGCUCGGGUGGACGGUCUCUGACGAGCUACUGUGUAUCCAGGAGGACGGCACGGUCCUGAUCUAUGACCUGUUUGGAUCCUUUAAGAGACACUUCAGUAUGGGACAGGAAGUGGUCCAGAGUCAGGUGUUGGAGGCCAAGGUGUUCCACUCCCCUUAUGGAACAGGUAUUGCCAUAGUAACAAGCUCCUCCCGUUUCACCUUGGCCACCAACAUCGAUGACCUGAAGCUCCGGAGGUUACCUGAAGUCCCAGGUCUGCAGGGAAAGCCAUCCUGCUGGGUCGUCCUCACUCAGGACAGACAGACUAAAGUCCUGCUGUCCAACGGACCAGAACUCUUCAUCCUGGACAACACGUCCUGCACUGUGGUGUGUCCUCCAGGCCUCAGUCCUCAGGACGGCAGCAUUGUCCACAUGUCUGUGUCUUUCAGCUAUAAAUACCUGGCUCUCCUCACUGACAGUGGACACCUGUGGACAGGCUUGUCCACCCUACAGGAGAAACUGAGUGAAGUCGACACCAAGAAGACCAUGGCGCCCAAGCAGAUGUUGUGGUGUCGCAGACCAAAGAGCCAACAGCCAUCUGUGGUGUUGAUGUGGGACAGACUGCUCCUGGUGGUCGGGGUGUGUAAUGAGACCAUCCAGUAUCCCAUUGAGGAUCCGUGUGUUUUGGUGGGAGAGAUGGAUGGAGUUCGGAUAAUCAGCUCGUCCAAUCAGGAGCUGCUGCAGGAGGUUCCUCUGGUCUGUCAGGACAUCUUCAAGAUCGCCUCCAUGGCGCCUGGAGCUCUGCUGUUGGAGGCCCACCGGGAGUACGAGAAAUCGAGUCAGAAGGCGGACGAGUACCUGCGGGAGAUCAAGGAGCAGAGCAUGCUGGGAGAAGCAGUCAGACAGUGCGUGGAGGCGGCAGGUCACGAGUAUGACACCAACACCCAGAAAUCCUUGAUGAGGGCGGCGUCCUUUGGGAAGUGCUUCCUCACAGACUUCAGUCCGGAUCAGUUCGUGACGACCUGCAGGGAGCUGCGAGUGCUGAACGCCGUCAGAGACAGCAGCAUAGGGCUGCCACUCACGCACACUCAAUUCAAACAGCUGACUCUACAGGUGCUGAUUGACAGGUUGGUGUAUCGGCAGUUUUACCCAUUAGCUAUCGAAGUCUGUCGUUACCUGAAGAUCCCUGAUUAUCAGGGAGUCAGCCGAGUCCUCAAACACUGGGCGUCAUGCAAGGUGCAGCAGAAGGACCUAACAGACGAUGCCAUAGCACGAGCAGUGUGUAUGAAAGUGGGAGACUCACCUGGGGUUUCGUACUCGGACAUCGCAGCUAAAGCUUAUGAAUGUGGACGAGCAGAGCUCGCCAUCAAGCUCCUGGACUUCGAGGCUCGGUCUGGAGAGCAGGUUCCUCUGCUGCUAAAGAUGAAGAGGAGUCAGCUGGCUCUCAGUAAAGCUGUAGAGAGCGGAGAUACCGACUUGGUGUACACAGUGGUGUCGUACCUGAAGAACGAGAUGAACAGAGGAGAUUUCUUCAUGACUCUGAGGAACCAGCCGGUCGCUCUCAGCCUUUACAGACAGUUCUGUAAGCUGCAGGAGCAGGAAACUCUGAAGGACCUGUAUAACCAGGACGAUGACCACCAGGAACUGGCCAACUAUUACGUCACUGCAAGCUACAGGGAAAAGAGGUUGGAGGGCCGGCUGUCUCUCCUGCAGAGCGCUGUCGAUGAGUACAACAAGGCCAAGAAUGAGUUUGCAGUAAAGACCACAGAGGACGAGAUGCGUCUGCUCCGUUUUCAGCGCAAACUGGACGAUGAGAAAGGGGCGGGGCUUCUUGGACUUUCCCUACAGGUGACCAUGGAGACGCUGUUGUCAUUAGGACUCCACAAACAGGCAGAGCAGCUUUACAAAGACUUCAGAGUACCUGACAAAAGGUAUUGGUGGUUGAAGUUGAAGUCUCUGGCGGAGAAGGAGGAGUGGGAUGAGUUAGAGAAGUUCUCAAAGAGUAAGAAGUCUCCCAUUGGCUACCUGGUAAGGAGAAGCCCCACCCCCUCUAUUAUGUUGCAUUAACUACAGGGUGGGCCAUUUA